AUGGAGAAGAAGCAAAGCAGCAAAGCAAGCAGUCCAGGCGAGAUGAAGAGGAAGACGAAGGUGAUAGUCGGGACCGACGCGCUUCAGUUAAGCGAGGGCGAUGCUUCGAGUUUAAUCGGCGGCAUAGUCGAGAAAGGUAUUUCCGAUAAGUCAAUGUUGUGCCCCACUCCACCGCCUCGGCCCACCGUUCUUCCUUUCCCUGUUGCUCGCCACCGCUCCGCCCUCCCGUAUCGAAAUCCGGUGAAUAGUAAUUUGGGCGGUAAUGAGGGUGUGGAUUAUGGUGAUGGCGGUGAUGAUGUUAUGAACUUUGAACCCAUAAAGCCUUAUGCCAACCCAGUAGAGAGGAAGAAGAAAAAAGAAAUGGACUUUAGCAAGUGGGCAGAGAAGGAGCUUGGUGUGAAUAGGACUAGAACAGUUAGGGAAACAAUGGAAGCUAGUACUAGAAAGAAUGGCUCAAAUAAAUUGCAUCCCCAGCCAAAGCCUCUGUUGGGCAACUUGAAGACUGAACAAGAAUCUGUGUUGGGCAACUUGACUGAACAAGAAUUUGUAUUGGGUAAGAAUGACAUGAAAAUUCAAGCGGGCCCAAGUCCAAAGUCCCUUGCUGAUAAUGUUGAAAAUGAACAAGUGUCCAUGUCGCUUGAGACUCAGAUUGAUGAAGAGAACCGUGCUCGUUUGCAAGGAAUGUCAGCGGAUGAGAUUGCUGAAGCACAGGCUGAGAUCAUGGGAAGGCUGGACCCUGCGCUGCUCAAUGUGCUCAAAAGGAGGGGUGAAGAGAAAUUGAGGAAGCAAAGAAGCCCCAGUUUGGAUAACAAUGAACCAAAAUUUUCCCCUAGCUCUCAAAGUGGCAUGUCUCAUGUAGACACAACAAUUACCUCAAACCAUACAAAGACAGCGGAAGAGAAUGGGUUGGAGCAGAACUCAGGCCAAGCGAGUGGAAGUUUGUGGACUGCUUGGAGGGAGAGAGUCGAGGCUGCUAGGGAAUUGAGAUUUUCCUUGGAUGGGACUGUUAUUUUUAAUGGUUUCCACCAGAUACCUAAGAGUAGUAAUGUUUCUGAGCGUGACUUCCUGCGUACUGAGGGGGAUCCUGGUGCUGCUGGCUAUACCAUCAAAGAAGCAGUGUCACUCACUAGGAGUGUGAUUCCAGGACAACGGUCCCUGUCAUUGCAUCUCCUUUCAACUGUGCUUGAUAAGGCAUUACAGAAUAUUCAUCAAAUGCAAGUGCAGUUUGAUGGAAGAGAUGCUAAUAAAGUUGACAAAUCUAUUGACUGGGAGGCUGUUUGGGCUUAUGCACUUGGCCCUGAACCUGAGCUUAUUUUAUCCCUCAGGCUUUGUCUCGAUGAUAACCAUAGUUCUGUAGUUCUAGCUUGUGCCAAAGUUCUUCACUGCAUAUUGAGCUAUGAUGUGAAUGAGAACUUCUUUGAUAUCUCAGAGAAAAUAGCAACUCGUCAUAAGGAUACAUUUACUGCCCCUGUAUUUAGAAGUAAACCAGAGAUUGCUGUUGGUUUCCUACGUGGUGGAUUCUGGAAGUACAAUGCUAAGCCUUCUAAUAUUCUUGCACUUGAUGUGGAAAUUAUUGAUGAUGAGACUGAAGGGAAACGUACAAUUCAGGAUGAUGUUGUGGUUGCUGGACAAGAUUUUGCUGCAGGUUUGGUACGGAUGGGAAUCCUUCCAAGGCUUCGUUAUCUUUUGGAGUCAGACCCUACAGCGGCUUUGGAAGAAUACAUCAUUUCUUUACUUAUAGCUAUUGCAAGGCAUUCCCCAAAAUGUGCAAAUGCAGUCAUGAAUUGUCAAAGGCUAAUCCAAACAGUUGUCAGCAGAUUUAUUGCAAAAGAGAGUGUAGAAAUCCAGCCUUCUAAAAUAAAGUCUGUUAGACUUCUAAAGGUGUUGGCUCAAUCUGAUGGGAGGAAUUGUGUUGAUUUUAUAAAGAAUGGGAGUUUCCAAACUAUGACAUGGCAUUUGUAUCAAUCUAUUUCCUUCCUUGACAAAUGGGUAAAAUCUGGAAAGGAAAACUGUCAACUUUCUUCUGCUUUGAUGGUUGAACAGCUGCGUUUUUGGAAGGUUUGCAUUCAGCAUGGGCAUUGUGUGUCAUACUUCUCAGAUAUUUUCCCCAACUUGUGCAUAUGGCUGAACCCACCUAUAAUUGAAAAGCUUAUAGAGAAUGAUGUACUUAGUGAAUUUGCAUCCAUUACUACGGAGGGCUACCUUGUGCUGGAGGCUUUGGCUAGAAGGCUUCCAAGUUUGUUCUCACAGAAGAAUCUGCGCAAUCAAAUCUCUGAGUAUUCUGGUGAUGACACUGAGUUGUGGUCUUGGAGCCAUGUUGGUCCAAUGGUUGGUAUAGCUUUGAAGUGGAUAGUUAUGAAGAGUGAUCCUAGCAUAUGUAAUUUAUUUGAGAAGGAAAAUGGAGUUGGUGUUCUUCUUGUGUCCCAAGAUUUAUCAGUGACUUCCUUGUUAUGGGUGUAUUCAGCUGUCAUGCACAUGCUUUCCAGAGUGCUUGAAAAAGUGAUCCCAGAUGAUACUGUCCACUCGCAUGAAAGUGGUAGUCUUGUGCCAUGGCUUCCAAAGUUUGUUCCUAAAGUUGGACUAGAAAUUAUUAAAAAUGGGUUUAUGGACCUUUCAGAUACUAAUGAUGCAAAAUAUGGAAAAGAUCCGCAUGGAAGUGGCUCUUUCAUUGAGAAACUUUGUCAUUUGAGAAGUCAGGGUACAUUUGAAACAUCAUUAGCUUCUGUAUGUUGCUUACAGGGGUUAGUGGGGAUUAUCAUUAGCAUUGAUAAAUUGAUAAUGUUAGCCAGGACAGGCGUCCAAACUCCUUCCCAAAAUUACACUUCAACAAGAGAAGAGAAAAUACUCAAGGAUGGUAUACUUGGGGGGUGUUUGGUUGAAUUGAGAAGUGUGCAAAAUACUUUUAUGAAGCUAGUUGCUUCAGACUGGCACCUUGUGCAGUCCAUUGAGAUGUUUGGCAGGGGUGGUCCUGCUCCUGGAGUGGGAGUUGGCUGGGGUGCCUCUGGUGGAGGAUAUUGGUCUGCUACUUUUUUGUUAUCUCAAGCUGAUUCAAGAUUUCUCAUUGACCUACUUGAAAUUUGGAAGAUUGUGUCCAAUUUUGAUAUCCCCACCGAAGAAGAAAUGACUUUGACUAUGCUGGCAAUUAAUUCAUCUCUAGGAGUAUGUGUAACUGCAGGACCUACAGAUGGGACUUCUGUGAAAAAGGCAAUAAAUAUUUUGCUUGAUGUCUCAGUUCUGAAGUAUCUUGAUCUCUGUAUUAGGCGUUUUCUUUUCUCGAAUAAGGGAGUUAAAGUGUUUGAUUGGGAGUAUAAAGAAGAGGAUUACCAACUCUUCAGUGAAACAUUAGCUUCCCAUUUCAAUAACAGAUGGUUAUCUGUAAAGAAAAAGCUCAAAGAUAGUGAUGGCAAUAAUUUAUCUGGCAGUAAACCACUUAAGAAUGGUAAAGGUUCCCUUGACACCAUAUAUGAGGACUUGGACACAUCACAUAUGAUCAGUCAAGACUGCAGUUCUUUAGUUGUAGAGUGGGCUCACCAGAGGCUGCCACUACCCAUUUCCUGGUUUCUCAGUCCAAUCUCAACCCUUUGUGAUAGCAAGCAGGCUGGUCUUAAAAAAUCUUCCAAUUUACAAGAUCUCAUUCAGGAUCCAGGUGAUUUUCUUGUAGUUUCCCAAGCUGGGCUUUUCUUCCUUUUGGGUAUUGAAGCACUGUCCAGUUUCUUACCAGAUGACAUCCCAUCCCCAGUUAAAAGUGUAUCGUUAGUUUGGAAAUUGCAUUCUCUAUCUAUGAUCUUACUUGUUGGAAUGGGUGUCAUUGAGGAUGAGAGGAGUAGAGCUGUUUAUGAAGCUUUGCAAGAUCUCUAUGGGAAUUUUCUUCAUCAGGCAACGUUGUGCAACUUAUUGACAGAACCUAGAAAUGAAAACAACCUGGAGUUUCUGGCAUUCCAAUCGGAGAUUCAUGAGACUUACUCAACAUUCAUUGAAACUCUUGUGGAGCAGUUUUCUGCUAUAUCUUAUGGUGAUUUGGUUUAUGGCCGGCAAGUUGCAGUUUAUCUUCACCGUUGUGUGGAAGCUCCUGUGCGCCUUGCUACCUGGAAUACACUAACUAAUUCUCGUGUUCUUGAACUUCUGCCACCUUUAGAGAAUUGCUUUACUGAUGCUGAGGGUUACCUCGAACCUGUUGAGGAUAAUUUUGGUAUUUUAGAGGCUUACGCGAAGGCAUGGACUUCUGGUGCCCUCGAUAGAGCUGCAAGUCGAGGAUCACUUGCAUAUACACUGGUUCUCCAUCACCUUUCAGCAUUCAUUUUUAAUUCGUGCACUGGUGAUAAGCUAUUGCUUCGGAAUAAGCUCUCAAGGUCUCUUUUGCUAGACUUCUCCUUGAAGCAACAACAUGAGGCAAUGAUGUUGAACCUAAUUCAAUAUAACAAGCCAUCUACAUCACAUAGGAUCAAGCAAGAGGAUGGAUCACCAGCUUGGAAUGCCAUCGAGAAGAGGCUUGCGUUACUAAAUGAAGCUUGUGAAACAAAUUCCUCACUUUUAGCUGCUGUGGAGAAGCUAAGGUCUUCCUUAAAGAACAAAAUGUUGUGA